AUGACCGAAAAGAAUAAAUAUUGGUGCCUGGCCAUUGCGGCGUGGGCGAAUCCCGGAAGCGUGCAUAAACCUGAAUCUACCUCUACUGAAUACGCCUCCGACCAGCUUGCGAUAGCUGCCGCCAAAAACCCUCAGGACUCAGGCAUUGCCUUGCUAAACGAGGAUAACAUCACGGCUCGUUUGCAAAAGCUAGUGGACUCUCGGGGAUUCGAAAGCAUGCUCAAGCUCCGGCAAUCUCCAACGACAGAUGAUCUUGAAAACCUAGUCAACAUAGCGUCCCAUCUAAAGGAACUUGACUUUCCAGAAUAUGAGGACCGCGAGGAAUACGCUGACGUUAUGUCUCCAAAACAGCUGACUGAAUAUCUUUCGUCAAUCCUUAUAGGGCGGAUGUGCAAACUUCUCUGCAUCAAUCCUCCAGAGACAUUGUCCUCCAAGACUUUAUAUUCUGAAUUGCUACGAUUGUACACUGUUGCGUCUUGUCCUAGAGCUGGUCUACCUCCACCACCACCUCCUCCUCUGUAUCAAGUGGCAGUACGUGGCAGCUUAUCGCAGGGAAUACGCCCAGCCCAUCCGUCCAAUCAAGGACUGAAUCAAGGAAGACUGAAAAUACUGCGGCCUCAUACGGAACAGAAGCAGCGGGGUCUUUUCAGGCGAGUUUGGGACGGUAUCAAGAAGUUUGGACACCGCGUUGGUGGCUCGCUGUCAGACGGAGCAUCCCUCCAGAAUGCCCACCUUCACAAAUUCUGCCCUGCGUACUUAGGUUGUUCAACACGACCAACAUGGAAAGUGAAGCUGUUCGUUCUUCCACCUUCCAUCCCACUUCUGAACGCCUUUUUAUCCCCGAGGAUGUCGGACCAAGUCAACACGCUCUUUGAAGGCAAUUCGGGGUCAACGUAUCUGGCCGGUGUGGCACAGACAUCGGAUGAAUGCCUACCCCAGCACACAUAUCAGCGGAUGCAUCAGCAGAUAUAUGAGAAGCUCUUCUGGAACCGUACAGAGAUUUAUUUGGAAAAUAUUCUUCCUCAGUGGCCUAUUUUCCAUCCAGACGAAGUAAGGGCUAUGCGGCAAAGAUAUCUUACUUCGCAGAGUUCCGACAACGAUCGACUAUCUAUAUUAGUUCUGGUUGAUUUGGCGGAUAUUACAAAUCCGUUUCAUAGCCAGGAUAUUCUCGAGUUCCAGUUCAGUGUCCUAUAUACAAGAACCCUACAAAUCCAUGCACUCUUGGCACUUUACUGGGUAUGUCGCGGAUUUCACAGCCUGGCGAACGAACAUAUCGUUAAAGCAUUUCACCUGGGAAUGUUCUCUUGCGCUCAGUGGGAUGGUGCUUCGUUGCAGCGGCAUUUCCCAGAUAUCGUUGCACUCUGGUGCUGCUGCUUCAUUGUCUGCGAGUAUCCCAUACAUACAGAAGUGAAUGCCAUUCCAAACUUGUAUAAGUGCCUACCAUUACCAUCAAAAGAAGAUAUCAUACGAAGCUUCGGUAGUAAUGCGGGAGCCUUUUUCGAGCUCCGAACCGCUUAUAUCUCACCACGGCUUGCCGCAAUUUCCCGACCACAGUUACAGUGUCCGACUCUAGAGUCCAUCAAAGUCACGGGCCCUCUCGCAAUCCUCAAAGACCGCUAUGUAAGGACACACAGGUUCGGUCAGUCUCUCGCACAGGGGGAUUUUACGUCUGUCGCGUCGUACAUCGAAAACCUACAAAACUCAGGCCCAACCUACAGACGUUGGGCAUUUCCUUCGGAAAGAUUCUGUCUGUACAAGUUGGCAGCCAUAUGUUCCAAUAGCAGUCAGAGACAUACCUGCCUAUCGCUAGUUCAAAAAUCGCUUGAUUACUUAUGCCCGCUCCCCGAGUGCUUUACACAUACGGACUUUAACUCAAUAUGCCUGCUAUACUCCAAGUUAUGGGCAGCGGAGCAGAGAGCGUGCUAA